UAAAGAUGACCCUCGAAAUCUCAGGAUCACUUAGAACAGCGUAAUGAUCACACGCACGCGCAAUUUCUUUGCUAAAAAACUUUAACUGUGGUCACAAGGUUGCGCUAUUACAGAGAGAAAAAAAAUACUUGUCCAAGUUAGUAAAUAAAAAAUGCCACCAAAGAAAGGUGGAAGUGGUGCGAAAUCAGGAAAAUCCAGUAAAAAUGACGAUGGAGAUUCAGGAAAGAGCGAAAAGAAAGGAGGAACUGCUGUUAAAGUCAGGCAUAUUUUAUGUGAAAAGCAAUCGAAGAUUCUCGAAGCAUUAGAGAAACUCAAGGCCGGACAAAAAUUUAAUGAAGUUGCAGCCACUUAUAGCGAAGACAAAGCUCGUUCUGGAGGUGAUUUAGGAUGGAUGACAAGAGGAUCAAUGGUUGGACCUUUCCAAGAUGCUGCUUUUGCCUUACCGGUUUCUAGUUUAGGAAAUCCGGUUUACACAGAUCCUCCAGUAAAAACAAAAUUCGGCUAUCAUAUAAUAAUGGUAGAAGGAAAAAAAUAAUUGUAAAUUCUGAUAAGUAUCAUAAUUUGUACUUUUGUAAAUAUAUGUCAUCUAUAAUUAUGAA